AUGACAUCCCUUUCAAACAAACCGCUCUACAACCAAUUCAUUUCAUCUCUAGUCUUCUUCUUCCUUGUUGUCAUCAUCCUUGAUUUCAUUUGCUCAUCCACUGCUUUUGUUUCCUCUGUAACUUCACCUUUUGUUUACACUAACAAUAAGGUUAAGGUAGUAGAAGAAAGAAAAGAAGCAAAGGCUCUUCUAAAAUGGAAAACCAACCUUCACAGUAACAGCCAGUCUUUCUUGUCCUCUUGGGCUGGAAACAAUCCUUGCAAUUGGGUUGGAAUAAAUUGCGACAAGUCUGGAAGCAUCACCCAUCUAAAUCUUUCAAGUCAUAGUUUGAAAGGUGCACUUCACAAUCUAAGCUUUCAAUCCUUCCCCAAUCUACUCAAUGUUGACCUUUCUUACAACUCACUAUUUGGAACCAUCCCCUCAAAUAUUGUUCGCCUCUCUAAACUCUCGAUUCUAAACCUUUCUUAUAAUCAAAUCACUGGGAGAAUUCCUUCUGAAAUAGGAAAAUUGACAAGUCUUCACGUCUUUUACCUUGCUGCAAAUUGUACAAUCCCUGCUUCUCUUGGAAACUUAAGCAGCCUAACCACUCUAUAUCUUCAUAUGAACCAACUUUCUGGUUCCAUCCCUCAAGAAUUAGAUAUGCUAAGUUCUUUGACUUACGUUCAGUUAUCAACAAACAAACUCACAGGAACCAUCCCUGCUUCUCUUGGAAACUUAAGCAGCCUAACCUAUCUAUAUCUUUAUAUUAACCAACUUUCUAGUUCCAUCCCUGAAGAAUUAGGAGGGUUAACUUCUUUGAGUGAACUUGAUUUAUCAGAAAACAAUCUCACAGGUAGAAUAUCUCCUAAGCUUGGAGAUGCAAGUCAAUUACAUUUGCUUGACCUCUCCUCAAAUAAGCUCUAUGAGGAGAUUCCAAAGGAAUUAGCCAAAAAAAUUUUAAUUGGAGAGAUACCUCAACAAUUUGGAGAAUUGAAAGUAUUAGAAGUUUUGAAUCUUUCCCACAAUGCGCUCUCUGGCUCUAUUCCAUCUAGUUUUGAUGGAUUGUUAAGCUUGACAUCCAUUGAUUUGUCCUACAAUCAAUUGGAGGGUCCUAUGCCGAAUACUAAAGCAUUUCGUGAGGCGCCAGAAGAAGCAUUUAGUCAUAAUAAGGGCUUGUGUGGAAAUGUCACUAGUUUGAAGGCUUGCCCCUCUACAAUUAGCCACAAUCCUCAUGUCAAAAAGAUGAAUAAAGUUAUGAAAUUGAUUUUAGUCUUUUUGGGCAUUCUCUUUCUUAUAUUUAUCUUUGUUGGAAUCACAUUAUAUUUUCGAUCAAGAAAGAUGAAGACAGAAAUUAAGCAAGAAGAAGAAGAACAUCCAAAUAUGUUUGCAGUAUGGAGCUAUGAUGAGAAAAUGGUUUAUGAAAAAAUUAUUGAAGCAAUAGAGGAUUUUGAUGACAAACAUAUUAUUGGUGUAGGCAGCCAUGGAAUUGUUUAUAAAGCUAAGUUGCCUAGAGAUCAAGCUGCUGCUGUAAAGAAACUUCAUCCACUCUUAGAAGAUAGUGUGGCCAAUCUAAAGAGGCUUUCACCAGAGAGAUACUUCUUGGAAGGUGGGAGAUUGGAAAAGAAAAUAAACAAUGAUGACCUAGCACUGAAGUUUGAUUGGUAUAAGAGGGUAAAUGUUGUUAAAGGUGUGGCAAGUGCUCUGUCAUACAUGCAUCAUGACUGCUCCAGUCCAAUAAUUCAUCGUGAUAUAUCAAGCAAGAAUGUUCUACUAGAUUCAGAAUAUGAAUCUCAUGUCUCUGACUUUGGCAAAGCUAGGAUUAUGAGUUCUAACACAUCUUAUUGGACUUCAUUUUCUGGGACCUUUGGAUACUCUGCUCCAGAAGUAGUACCUGGUAAGUUGAAUUACUUGGUGAAAGUAGAGCAUAACACUGAUAUUUUACUUUUCAGAGAAUACAUACCAAUGGAAGUGAGUGAAAAGUGUGACGUUUACAGCUUUGGAGUAGUCGUGUUGGAAGUAAUUACGGGAAGGCAUCCGGGUGAUUUGAUCUCAUCAUUUCUAUCAUCAUCAUUUUCAUUAUCAUCCCAUGAUGUGCUACUAGAAGAUAUAUUGGAUCAACGUCUUGCACAUCCUACAAAUAGAGUUGCAGAGAAGGUGGUUUUAGUGGCAAAGAUAGCAAUAGCAUGCUUACAAGCCAGUCCACAAUCUCGUCCAACCAUGCAAUAA